AUGCCAUCCAAAUCACUCAUCCAAUCCUCUCUUCUUCUCAUCUACAUCAUCAUUGCCUGCACCACUUUCCUCACUUCGCUUCCAUCUGUCGUUGCGCCCGUGUAUGAGCCAGCCUGCAAUUCAACUUGCUACACUGGGAUGAUCAAUGAUUGUUGUGCCGGAUUGAGUUAUUGUUGCGGUGGCACCUACACGGCCGGCAAGGCUUUCUGCAGC